AUGCCCGAGGCAAAAUCGCCAAACGACCGACUUCUCUCGCUGUUUACGGCAGCGGAGGAGGCCAGACAGCGCGCUUUGAAAGCUUACCGCGAUCUCGCUGACCUUUCCAACUACCCCCUAUGUCAGAUUCUAAGUUCCGGAUUGCACGAUAUCCAGAAGCCUCAUGCUGCUCUUGAUGACUUCUUCGUCUCGAACUUUGAAGACCUUUCAAUCGUCGGGUACUACAUCUCGAACGCAAUGUUGAAGGGUGAAGGCGAACUUGCAGCCAGAUACGCGCAGAUAAUCAGCACAGUUCGUGGAACGGAGUUGUCACUGAGAGACAAGGGUUUCGAACGAGAUAUCGUUAAACUUCAGUGGCUAUCCUGGAAUCCAACUUUGGUAUCAUACCACCUAGAUGAGGCACAAUCAGAGGUUGAUAUCAAUAGAGCCAAGUUCGAGCAGCUCCGGAUCCUUCAUCAACAUGUCUCGCAGGGUUGCGACGAUAGUUUUGAGACCAUGAACAGCAUAUUUGAUCUGGAAUCGGUGUUCUUGCACGAACACACCCGCGCAUGA